AUGGGAGGCAAAAAGCAUAAGAUUGACAUUGUUGAAAUCCAAAACAAAUCCGCAAAAACGGUUGCUUUCACCAAACGCAGGAACGGUCUCUUCCGUAAAGCUUCGGAGCUCUGCCGCCUCUCUCCCAACAGUCAAAUCGCAAUCUUGGCGACUCCUCUCUCUUCCAACUCUCACGCUUCUUUCUACUCUUUCGGUCACUCCUCUGUCGAUCAAGUUGUCUCCUCUGUGCUCCAAGACCAGCAUCCACUUUCAGCAAACCAAUUACAGAACAGGUCAGGGUUAGGGUUUAAUUGGUGGGAAGACAAAGGUUUUGACAUGUCGGAGAACGUGGACGAGUUGAGAGAGGCCGUCGAUGCGGUUUCUAGGAUGUUGAACAAUGCGAGAGUCCGGUUAGAUGAUGCCGUGAAGAGCAAUCAAAUAGAUGGACGUUUAAUGAUUUGUAACGACGAGACGAAGACGACAACGAAUCAGAAUCACAUAUUGGAAGGAGAGUCUUCUGGCUCUGCAAGUACUUUGUUGGUGAACGAGGAAGAUAAUCUACACUUCGAUGAUUUUUUUACUGAUUUCAACAUUGAUCCUUUGAUGUGA